GUAUGUAAUGUUAUAGACCACUGGCCAUUGUGGAAGAGCAGAUUGACCCUUAUCAAGCUAAGAGUAUCCAUAGCCAGCCACAGGCUAAUACUCUGUGAUAAAUAUACUCGUAUAAUAGGUCAUGUGAUCCAGUCUCACCGCCCCCAGCGGCUCACGGCUUAUCACGGCUAGUAUAUUAAAAUCUCACUUCCCAUAUUCACAUCUCAGGGUGUAUGCACACCACUCUCUGUAUGUACUGCCUCGCCAACUACUACACGGGCUUUGCUUUACCGUCAUGGAUGGACAGCUUCUGUUAACCACAUUAUAAUAGUGUUUUUGCGACAAGCCGACCCACCACUUGUGUGUGUGCGUGUGUGUGAACAGGCGAUAUUGAAACACAAUUCAGACACUAUCAGGUGGCCAAUACUGACCUCAGCUGUCACAUGACCUCUGGAUGACAAGAGGGUUUUUUUUCUUUUCUUUUUGUUUCUUCUGUCCCCGAGUAAGAGGAGCAGGUCAUACUUCCUAUGAUAGCAGUGGUUUUGCUUGGGUGCAGACAGAACGUGGUUCGGUGUGUGUGUGUGUGUGUGAGCUCAACCACUUCCUACACCGUGUGCACUCAGUAACGUCUGGCUGGGACAUCCGCACAGCUCAGCGGCUCAAUUGACGAGAGCUGGUCGCCAGGCUAGGACAACAUUCACUGCAGUCACUGGGCUGAGGACGCUUCUCUCACCGCGCUCACUCGAUUGCUGGCUCACUGUGUGUGUGUGUGUGCUGUCACUCGCUCGCUCUACAUUCCCAGGAUACACUCGGUGGUUCUCUCGCGGUGGCUAGUCUCUCUUACUCAACAGUCUCCACCACUUACUACUACUACUAUUACUACUUCUCGUGUCUGAGGAAUACCUGAUUGUUGUCAGACUUGGUAAUUACGUUUGACACUUGGUUCAUUUACUGGAUCACUGGCUUUUGUUGUUAGGUGGUGUUUUUCCCCCUUUCAUCUUUCUCUCUUUCCAUUCUUUAUGGACCACUAUAACUGAGGAUAAGGGAUUGGUGUAGACUAACCCAACUUUUUUCACCAUGGAGUGUGCGGAUUAUAACUUAAACAUGCACUGUUUGGAUCUAAACUGUAUAAAACGGGAGAGCAUGGAGCCCUUUCUGAACAACACUUCGUACGUGGAUUUAAAUUUCAUAAAGAAGGAGAGGAUCGAGUUGUCGCCGUUGAUGUUCACGUGCACCCAGCCGUGCUCCGAUUCCGACCCCGUACUAGACUUGUCGAUGCGCAAGACCCGCCACGAUUCCUCCGACGAGUAUUCCAGUCAAAGCAGUGUGACCAGCGACCAAGACCAGCCUCGAUUUUUAGGAGGCGGCACGUACAAGAAACACCUUCUUAAACGAUACUUGGAUGCGUGUGAGCAGCAGCAGAAGCAUGGGCGUCAAGUGGCGGCGGAAGCCUUACUCAGCAUGGACUCCCCAGGAACCAGUGGGGAGAGCAAAACAUUCCUCCAGGGGAUCCUACAGGAACCAUUUUCACAUCAUAACACUUCUUUGCCACCGAGCCCAGCUGACAGUGGAGUGUCCGACAUUGACAGCAAUUCCGACGACAUCAAGAUGCGACUGCACGGCUCAUACUCGUAUGUGUCGAGUUCACCACCGAUUCCAGGACCAGGGGCGUUUGUAUCACCUUACUGUCAACCCCCACCAGCUCACCAGCCUCUCCCUGCACACUUCAACACAGCUACACACGUUGCCAUGAGACCAGAUCAUGCGUACAGAGCCUCCAGUCCAUUGAUACCGACGUCGGUACAUUUCGCAGGCAGUGACGGCUCCCCAUCAAACACGCCCCCUGCCUCGCCACAGAGACCAAAGUGUAAGAAAGGUCGAAAACCUAAGAACCCAGAGUACCCUCUAAACUCGCAGCCAAAGCGGAAGCGUGAGGGCAACUCGACGUACCUGUGGGAGUUUCUACUCCAGCUGCUCCAAAGUCGGGAGACGUGUCCGCGAUACAUCAAGUGGACGAGUCGAGAAAAGGGCAUUUUCAAACUCGUCGACUCGAAGGCAGUAUCGAAGUUGUGGGGCAUGCACAAAAACAAACCAGACAUGAACUACGAAACAAUGGGAAGAGCUCUAAGGUAUUACUAUGCACGUGGCAUUUUGAAUAAAGUUGAUGGACAGAGACUAGUGUACCAGUUCGCCGAGGUUCCGAAGGGAAUAGUCGAGAUAGACUGCGGAGCAGUGUAGUGCGUAGUGUCUUCUCAUUCAAACUGUUAUCAUUGUGCCAUAGGCAGGUGAUUGUUCAUUCAUUUAGCCCAUCACUUACAGCUGAGAGAAACCAGAAACAGCUUGGUCUGUGUGUGUGUAUAUAUAUAUAUAUAUAUAUAUACUGGAAGAACAGGACUGUGUUGUGUCUCUGUUCUCAAGAAUCGGGGGGCAAAACCACUCUUCCGUUGUUAGUCUCUGCUGUGAACUUGAAGACAAAAAAAAAAAAAAAAAAAAAAAAAAAUACUUCUUUGAGAUCCUGCAUUGAAACUUGGCUGUAUCGUCCAAACCAUCAUGGUAAUUUUGACUGAGCUGAUGUACUGAUGGCUGGGAAGAUAUAGCUGUUGCUGAUGUCAUGGUUUCUCCGAAGGCAGCAGUGUGAUGCUAGUUGAGGGUGAUCUGUGGCUUUUUGAUACCCAGAGAGUUAAGAGAGAGGUAUCCAGAGAGUUGAGAGAGAGAGAUACCCAGAGAGUUGAGAGAUACCCAGAGGGUUGAGAGAGAGAUACUCAGACAGUUGAGAGGUAGGGAAGGAGGGAGGGAGGAAUGUAUCGUUCAAGUGCUAGUGUGGAGACGAGCACGUGAGGGAGACAGUGUGAUGGGACACCAGAGGUUUGCUGUGAUAAAUGUCUGUCGACUGCGGCAUUCGUUCGUUCGUUCAUUUGUUCGUUCAGUCGGCAGUCAACUCGGUUGUUGGUCGCAGUUGGAGAGAUGCGGCGCCGAGCUGGGUGUUCGUUUCACCUACAGGUUCCUACUGAAAAAUGAUUGUGCUCAGUUUUUGUUCAUUUUAGACUUAAGUGAAGUAGAUGUAGCUGAUGAGCGUCGGUUCAGCACAAGGAAUAUGUUCCAGUGGGUCGGGAAGAAAUGACUUUGUGGAUGUCCGGGGGAAAAAGAAAGAACUGACAUUGUGGAUGUCUGAAAGUAUAAUGUCAUCCAGUGAUGUAAAUACAAUGGAAAAUGGUCACAUCGUUUGUUCAGUUUCUGCAACAUUUGUUAGGUCCAGCUAAAAAACAUAAAACAAAAAACGAAAACUUACUGUACUUGUAAUAUAACACUUUACAAGUUUGGAACGAUAUUUACCUUAAUAAGGUACAUUAAAAAAUACUGUUUUAAUGUCAUCAGUAGAAUUCAGAAAGCCUUUUUCCUGGAACUAUGUCUCACUCGUCACGUGGACUCCCUUCAAGACACUUUCAUUCCAUUAACAUUGACAGAUAUUACAUCAUUGAGUUUUAUGGCCAGUAUAUCAGUCUUCAUAUUAUUACGUACCGUGUUGUCGGGUGUGAAAAUGUACUUCCUGUCAUGUGCAAAUGGAUAAUUGAACCAACAGAGUUGAUUUUAAGUAAUGACAUGUUUGUAAACAAAAAUAUUUUGAAGUUACGGUUAACAAAUCAGAUGAUUUUAUUUUUCUAAUAAAUAAAUCCUUUGUAACAAAUUUAUUGUUCAGGUUGAUUAUGUAUUUGUAAAGCAUUUACAGGAAAUGGAUUUUGACUAAAAUAUUUGAAAUAAUUAGCAAAAUGUUAGCUAAUUCUUAAAGCUGCAAUCUCUAGUAUGUUUUAAAUAUUUAAGCAUUUAGAAUAGAUCUAUAGAUAAUAAACAUUUGAUUUCUUUCCUUACUGUACUAUUCGUUGAAAUAUUUUGCUGUGAUUUAGGCAACUUCAAAAAGCAGUUGCUGAUUUCAUGAAAUUGAUGUCUCGUAGUGCUACAAUUCUCACAGUAACAAAUUAUACGUAUUGAACACGGAAAAGUAAAAAUAUUUGUUUCUCACUCCUUUCCUCCUGAAUCUUGGGCAAUUUCUUUUCUUUAUCAAUAUAUGUAACAUCUGCAUAGGUUACAAAUAACACAGAUGGUGAAAUAUUAAAAAUGACAGUGUGACUUGUGAGUAUCACAAGAAUUUAAUAAAACUAGUUUUGUUUGUACGUUGCAUUGGUAAAAGAUAAAGAGUGGAUCAUUGAGAUUGCAACUUUAAGCUAGGGAGGUAUAACUGUAUUACAUUGUUAAAUAUUAAGCAUCAACAUAUGGAUAAAUUGUUCAUAAAGUUAAAUUUUAUUUUAUUUUAUAGUAAAAUCCUAACUUCUAUGGGGAUGUAUGUAGGAUUGUUUGGGAGGGGUGCAGGUGACACGUUUUUGAGGAAAAGUGGGCCUAAUAAGGUGUUCUUUAAAAACAUUUUGUCAUGGGUUCUCCCGUUGCUUCCUAUGGGUUUCAUAUGUGUCAAUUUAAUUGCUGAAAUGGUUAAUUUGACAGGAACAAAUGGCAUUGAGAAUUCAUGUAUCUACAAAAUGUUUUUAGUCUUUUAUGUAUUUAUUUUUGAUUUGUUUGUUUAUAGAUAUAUAUACAAUGUAUAUAUAUUCAAAGCCUCAAAACUUACACAAAGUAACCUUAGUUUUUGGGGGUACGAAAAAUAGUGGUACUCUUUAAAGGAAGAUGAAACCAAUUUAGUUUUAAUACAAAAAGUAGGUACUGACUCUUUACUAAUUAAUCCAUUGUAUGGUGUGCAUUGUUUCAUGUGGUAUGUAAGAGACUGAGAUAGAAAGAAUGUUGUGUUUGUGUAAUCUUGAGAUAGCACUCAAAGUUUGCCUCUCAUUGUCAACGGGAAGCUCAUUUUGAUACGGUAUUUACACAACAUGUACAUACAUGUAUGUUGGUGUUACUUUUGUUUGGCAAGUUGACAUGACAUGACUGUGUUAUCUUGACUCCCAUUUUAUUUUGAACAUCAUUUAAAAUUGGCAAGGUGAGCUGUACUUAAUAUUGGCUAGGUGAUGGGGCCAAGUGUUUUUAACUUGAGAGUUGCACUUGAGAAUAUUAUAUGAAAGUGCAGAAACAAGAUCCAUUAUCCUGAUACUGCCCAAAAAAAAUUAGUUAACAAUUUUUGUUCACUUAUAAUCACAGAUAUAACUAAAUACAAGCUGUUGAGAAGUGUUUCUCAAUGUUUAUGUAACUGUCUUGAUGUGUUUCAAAACUACAGAGUUUUAAGGAUCAAUGCAAAUUUAGAACCAAGUCGUAACAUAUAAUAAUAUAUAUAUAUAUAUAUAUAUAUAGUAAGCUAGCUACACUUUAUACAUUAAAUGUACUUGGUAUAAUGGACCUCAAGACUAACAAAUGCAAGCUCUUUAUAUUUGACAUAGUAAAUAAGAUUAAUUUGUUGAACAAAAUUCCUGGCGAACUUUGAGUUUUAUCUUCUGUUUAUAUUACAAAUUGUUAGUGAUAACUUGGUGUUCAUAUUAAAAUAUGCACAGAACUCAUGUUGUACAGGUGUAUAAAAGGAUGCGUAUGAAAUGUAAGACGUGGCAGGUAUGAAAUUUUAAUCUGACCUUGUAUAGUGUACAUGUGUAUGUAUAUAUAUAUAUAUAUACAUUAUAUAUAUAUGGAGUAGAUAUAUGUUCAAGCUUGGCACCAAUACUAGCUACGGUAUUUUCUAGUAGUGUUUUGUUAUUUUUCUUCAGUUUACUUAACACCGGUAAUGUUUUUCUCAAAAUACCUUUUAUUCCUCUUGCUGUUAAAGAUUAAUUCUUUUUCCCUUUUCAAGUUUGCAGUCAUUACAGGAUUGUCAGUCAGUGUAGUGGCCGUUGUUGCAUCAUGGUGAUCUUUGCUCCAUGACAUUGACCUUGUGUCACUGUGUCACACUGACGUGUCACAUGUUGAUCUUGUGACACACGGCACCGACCUUGCUAGAUCACGUUGACCGUGCCCACGUGUAUGCAGUUGACCAAGUGAAUAUUUUCAUCUUGUUACUUCUUUCUCGGCGGUGUCUUCGGAGCUGAUAACCACUAAAGUGUUUGGUUAUACAAGUUUAUGUUCUCAGAUGUUCACCAUUACUGUUCAUGUCCCAGAGUCUUUGAAACAUUCAGCCCAUUGUGGUAAAAUUUAAUCUCUUGUUGGUCUAAAAAUGACAGGAUGAAAUGUAUUUGAAAUUAAAUUAAGUUGCUUGAUGAAGUCUGGAUUUAAAAUUAGUUGUUGCUGUUGGAGAGAGAUGGUAUUUCCCCCAUCCUUAAUGAAUUGAAUUGUUUUGUUCUUCUUAGUGUGGUUAUUCUACGAUAGCUCUGUGAUAAUAAUUAAAAAAAACUUUGUGUACCUGAUAUUUAGGUGUAGGUACAGAUAUUACCUUAAUAUUGUGAAUGAUGAAUUGUUACAAGAAAUAUGAUUAAAAGUAUAAAACUAUUUUUAUGUAUAUGUAACUACCUUGGCAUACUUAAUAGAGAAUAGAUUGGCUGCUAUUUGGUUUUGGAAAUAUGUAAUUGGUGCCAUCCUGUCUUAUCAUUUCUGUUUUGGUCACUCGAACUAGUUGAUUUUGUUUUAAUAUUAUCAUGGUGUGACAUAACAAGGAUUUGUGCUGGUGAAAUGUUUGUUAGUUCUUAUAAAAGUGUCUUUCUCGUUUAUACCUUUAGUAUUUUAAAUCUGCAAAAGUCACCGACCCUAAUUUUUGAGGUACAUAACUUUUCUGUUUUGUAUGGAAUGUAUUUUGACCUAUUAUAAACACUGUAGUCCGUCCCAUCCUACUACAAUGAAUGUUUUUGUAAAUAAUUUCAGUUUGGUUGUUAUGUGCAAUUUAGAAAACAAUCGACUCAAAAAUAAAUAAUUUGUAGUAAAUGCAGUAGUAUGAAAGAAAAAAAAAGGCAUUCCCUGUGGGAUGGACUGUAAGUUGACCCAGAAACACAGUGGAUUUGUCAAAUUUCAUCAUUUUAUCAACUGUUUAUAAGUAAUGUUAUUUAAUUGAAUAUAUAUUUAAAAAAAAAAAAAAAAUUGCAAUAGCCAAAAAUGUGUUACCCUGUCUAAAAAUUAGGGUCAGAGACUUUAAUAAUAAUAAUAAUAAAAACAUUCUAUCUCACAUUCAUUGUUAAUGUCUAGGGGAGUGAGAUUACAAACCUCUCAUUGGAGUGGUGCAUUGGUCAUUUUGCUGUGCAUUCCAAGUUGUUUACCCAGUAUACACACACCUGUCAUUUUGUACGGUUUCCGAUAACCAUUAUACUGUUAUUUGUUGCCUCACACUUGUUACCAUGUAUACCUGCAUGCGAAGUGCUUUCAACAGGCCGAUUGAUGUUGCAUGUUUGACCAGGCAGCAAUACAGUGUGUCCUCAUAGAAACAUAUUCUUUUUCCUUCACAUUUUUCAUUUGCAUUAUGAACUUCUUUUUAAUAUCGUUUCUUUCUUUCUUUUUUUUAAUGUUUUUUUUUUAUUAUUAUUAUUAUUUAUUUAUUUUUAAUAGGUGUAACCUUUUGGGAACCAUUUUUUUUUUCAUAACAUCAAUUUUGGUAUGCAGAAUUUUUAAAAAAAAAAGUUUAUUUUAUUUGGUUAAAUUAAAAAUUGUUCUGUUUAUUUAUUAUUAUUUUUAAAUUUAUUUAUUAGGGAUGAGUGUGUUUGGGAAGAGGUCUAUUCAAGAUCUUGAUUUCUAACGUAACUAAUGAAAAAAAAAAUCUAAUUAUUUUUCUUCUGAACAAUUAGCAUUUCUUAUCUGUAUGUGCCUUACAGUCACUGCCAUGCCUGAUAAUUGUUUGUACAUCAACAUGCAAGCAUAGUCUUGUUUGAUAAGAAUAUUUUUAAUAUUAUGGGAGCCUAUUUUUAUGGAGUACUGCAAAGGUUUGCCGUCACUAUUGUUUUGAAUAAUUAUGUGCAGGUUACAUAUAUGUACAUCGGGGUAUAUUUAAUUAAUUGAAUUGAAGGUAGUGUAUUGGAGAAGGAAAACAAAUAUAUUUACAUUAGCAUUACAAAAUGUGAAACUUCGUUAUUUUUUUCUCCGAAACAAUUCAGAACUCGAAAAUGUUUUUACAAAAAUGUGUCUGAUAUUAUUUUUUUUAUAUAUUUCUUUCCACAAAAGCUAUGCUGUCUUAUUCUUGACUGGCUAAUGUUUCUGUUAGUCUCAUUUUGACAGAUGAUUUUUUUUUUUUUUUUUUUUUUUUUUUUUUUUUUAAAUCUUCUUUCAAAGUCUCGAUUUGUACCCGUCUCAACUUGCAGUGUUGUAUUAGCCAUGAUGACAGAGUUUUCUACAAUACCUUCUCAGAUCUCUUUUUGUAUUCACACUUUCUUGUACAUACCAAGGAGAAUGUUGAUUGAUCUUUUAAUCCAUUACAUGUUAUAUUUGAAUAAAGUAGUUAACUAUUUUUGAACAUAAAAA